CUGAAUAGUUGGCCACAAACUGGAUUUGGUUGAUAUCAGACCAAAGCACGGCCAAGAAUACUGCCAUUGUCACUAGAAACUUGAAUAUUUUAUUGCUACUCUGUUCUAGAUGGAUUCAAAGUUGCCAACUCACGACGAUGAUGCUUCUGGCUUCCUUCCUCAGCAAACGCUUCAUGAUGCAACAUCUACACUUUCCAUGACUGUCCAAGAUUCAACGACUAGCUCGAUUCAGCCCUCCUCACACACACCUCCCGCAUCUACAUCCACCAUGACUGGGUUUACCAAUGGAACAGAAACGGAAUCUCAUGAAAGCCCUAAACAUUCAACCGUGCAUGGACCCAUAUCUGGACAGCUUUCUCCUAGCCCAACUGUCAUUUCAAAUUCUCAUCCAAGUGUUUCUUCUAUAGAUGCAGAACGAGUGGAACGCAUCGCGAUGUUGAUCCGCCAACACAAGGAAAUGCAUAUCAACAAAUCGACUGGAGUUGCUGCGAUCCCUGAACGUAGUUUUUCAUCUACGACUUCUCCAUCUUGCGGCUCCACUCCUACUGCCAUAUCAAAUGCAUUUCCUUUAACCUCUCCAAGCACUGGCGCACUUUCCCAAUACGCCUCUCCAGCAGCCAUAUCUGCAUCCAGUCUUGACUAUCCGUUGGAAACUUCAACCAUAGACUCAAUGAUGGAUAGAGAUGCUUUAUCUACACGUACACCUUCUCCUGAAAUGUCCUUGACUAGCGAUAGUGAGUAUCAUCUAUACAACCGCAGUAUAAGUUCCUUGGGGAGUAAAACCUCGUCAUCAUUGUCAAAACAAUUUUCAACUUCCACAUAUAGAGCGUUAGACAACUCGCAAAAACACCCCAGCCACGAUGUAUUCACCUCAUAUAAUGGGCUACGUGCACCGUCACCUACUCGGUCUUCUGCCAAAUUUGGAUCGCACAAUGCAUAUUCUACCGAAUCGCUAUCAACUAUGCUUACUCCAUCUGAGCUAUUCAAACAAUACAAGGAAUGCGAUCCAAACGAUGUUGGUCGAAUGCUGUAUGAAGGGUCCUUGCCUGGCUGUCGACCAAAUGAUAUUUCACUAAUUAUUGGGAAAAGUGAUGCGUAUCAUACAGUUGUUCGUACAAGUUAUAUGGAGUGCUUUGAUUUUUCAAAUAUCGGGUUAGAUCAAGCGUUUAGACAACUGUGCAAGAAACUCUAUCUCGCUGGCGAGACACAAAUGGUUGAUCGUAUUCUUUAUCAAUUUUCGAGAAGAUAUUGGGAUUGCAAUCCUUUGUUACAACCAACAUUUCGAAGCGACGAUAUUGUAUACGGUAUUCUGUUUUCGCUUGUGCUUUUAAAUACUGAUUUACAUAUUGUAAAUGUUGGACCCAACUCGAGUAAACGCAUAGCACGGAGAACGUUUUUAAAAAAUACAAUGGAAUUGGUAGACACCAUGAUUGAAAACGAUGAUAAAUUAAAAGAACAGGCUGUGAUGGACAUUGAAGCAGCACGAAAAUGGAAAAAGGGAUUGGAACUGAUUUUAAGAGAUUUAUAUGCAUCUAUUUUCAGACACCGUAUUAUGCAAUUGACAGCUGUUCCUAUUGGCUCCAGUGAUGAACUGGCAGCUUCUGCCAAUCCACAGGCACGAGAAUGCACAGGCCAUGAUUCGUCAAACUGGUCCUUGUCGUCUUCACAAUCUGUUGGGUCCAUGGCAUUACAUACGGACACUAAAGAACGCGGAAGUAUAUAUUCUUUGGGACACUUUCGUCGAAAACAUAUGGCUCCUGGCGAUCGGAGUUCUAUUAUGGGAUUUAUUCGUGCUGCAACAGACAUAUCUGCAUCUAUUGGAUCAGGGAUGUUUGAAACAGCGACAAAUACAUCUACGGAUCGCACUACACCCACUACAACAGAACACUCUGAGCGAGUCGUUGGUUCGCCUACACGAUGCACUGGAGUUAUUUUAGAAGGUUUGUUAAUUCGCAAACAUAUUUUGGAGAUGGGCGGUACACGUGCCAAGAAUAGACGCUGGUGUAAGUUUUGGUGCAUUCUUCGUUCCCAGCCAGAUGGUAUGAUUGAAUUGGUGAUGCACAAGCUAGCAUUGCCCAAUCAACCCGAAGCAUUUGAACCAUCGGAAUUAUCUGGAAAUUCUGUUGUAGCGUUUGACGACCACUUUGAAUCCAAAAGUACACCUACACUGGUAUCGUCAUCAACUACACCGACCACAUCGCCUCGUACGUUGAUUCAAUCUCCGUCAGGCCACACAAGUUCUUCUUUUUUAUCGCCUAAUAUUUCAAAUUUUGGAUUUCGAUCCAGUACAUUUCAAAGCCGUAAGCAAACGCCAUUAACCGAAUGUGUAGAUGAAGUAUCAAGUCUGUCAUCUACGCCUCCAGAUCGCCGAUACAGUGCCGAGUUUCCAACUUCCACUCCAUCCGAAGCACCCGUCAUUCGACUUGCAAUGCGUGAGCCUGAAGUAUUUCCACUCCUUCAUGCUUGCUGCAGCAUUUUACACGCAGCCUACUCAAUAGCUCGUCCUCAUGUUCUAGCUCUUAAACUGGCUAAUGGCAGUGAAUACUUUUUUCAAUCGCCAACCCACGAGACUGUUACUGAAUGGUCGCAUAACAUCAACUACUGGGCUGCACGCAAAAGCAAAGAGCCGAUGCGUGGAUCUGCUAGUUCUAUGGAAUAUGGAUGGACAUGGAUCAUUUGGGAAAGAAAGGUAUGGCAAACUGAAGGUCCUCAACCUCCUGUUGAUGAAGAUAUGAUGGGGCCUCUGUAUUAUUUCCAAAACUUGAGGCUUCGAACAGGGUCUGUAGACACGACUGCAAGUGCAGCUAGAACAAGUAACGCCAGUAUGGCAUCCAGCGAGCCUUUAAAAAGCAGCAGUACAAGUGUGCGUAGCGUUGCUAGUACUAUGAGUGAUGGAAGUGCAACCACUUCAAAUUUCACUCCCAGUACAAAUGGUACGAGUGUGAUUUCGUUUGGUUUUAGUGGAUCUAGAACAGCAAAGCAUAAAAGUAAGCCCAAACCAAAAAUCUCGGAAUGGAUUCCGCCUGGAGGGCUUGGCCAUAUUGUCAGUCCUUUUAGCGAGGCAGUACAGCUUGAAUCCAUGCAGCGACAAGUAAAUAUUGUCAAGACUGAAAUUCUCGAGCAUUUGAGUUUCAAGGAGCCGAUGGAUAAACACUUUGCGGAUUCUCCCAGUACACAUAGCAAGGCGUCAUUGAAUUGGAACCGGCGAUUGCGUUAUCUUGAAAUUGAGUUACAAAAGUUUACAACGUAUGUAAGAGUGCUGACUGACGGACGAGAACACAAGGAGCCGACCUAUUUAACUGGGAGUGUGAUGGCUGCCAUGUCAAAGCCGGAUGAAGAGCAAUUGGAAACGGUUUCGCAAGAGUCGGAUCUAGUUUUAAGUGUGAACCACUGCAAUGGCGAUGAUAGUGUUGCGGAUCAACCCAUUGCAUCACAUGGCGAUCCUGUCACGAUGCAAGAUAAUGCGCAGAUUCUGCCUAAUAUAGAUGGUGCGGGAGUUGUGGCUGAGACCGUUGAGCUGAAUUGAUUGGGUUCAUCAUUUAUUUUUUGGAUAGUAUGAAUGCGCUGACUUGCGAUACUAGUCAUUCUGUUUAACCAACUCGCCGUCCAGCCUUUUAUAAAUCACCUUUUAGCCACUAAUUUUUGGUUACUAUACAUUUUUAAUUUUUACCACUUCCAUUCUCGAUUGCCUGAAUAAAUACGAAAUUCUAAAUUU